GAUGGUGUUGGUCGGUGUUUUCGAUGGAAAGCACGGUGCGUGCGAUCCAGAAAAUAGAAUGCGUCUUCAUUCUUCCGAACAUGUGUUUGGGAGAGCAAAUGUAAAUAACAUGUGUUCGUUUACAUUUGGAUUCAGUCAGACGAACGCUGUGUAGCUCUGCGGACGGUGCAUUCUACAAAGGAAGGAAGAUCACGCCGCAUCUGUGUUAUGUUCAUAGCCAAUUGAGACCAAUUGAAUUCUUCAGCUUCGAGUGCAAUUGAGGGCGCAGAAAUUACGUAAGCGAUGGCUCACUUCCUCCCAUUAUUCUUGUUCGCGCUUGUUGUUGGAACGGCUAGAGGUGAAUUGUACACAGCCCUCGUGGAUCUCGAAGAACUUCUCAGCACAGAAUCCGUGCUAAUCAACACUUUGGAGGUGUACAUUAAUGAGCAAGAACAACGGCUCAAUCUUCUGCGACGAUAUGCCGAUGCUUACCAGAACCAACACGACAUUGCCUCGCAGGAUAUGCAGAUGUACGUUUCCAAUCCAAUAAACGCGUAUCUUCUAGUCAAAAGGUUGACCACUGACUGGAAGCAAGUUGAAGCCCUGAUGAACACCAAUGUUGGUAAAGAGUUCAUCGCCAACAUAACUUCGUACAGGCAGCACCUCAAGUUCCCAUCAGACGAGGAUCUGAACGGAGCGGCGGUGGCUCUGACCCGCCUCCAGGACACUUACCGAUUGGAUACAUCAUCCUUGGCGAGAGGCGAACUGAAUGGAAUUAAAUACAGCUCCGAGCUUAACGCUGCGGACUGUUUCGAAUUAGGUAGACAAUCCUACAACAACGAAGAUUAUUACCAUACUCAACUGUGGAUGAGGGAGGCGGACACGCGAUUAGGAAUGGAAGCGAACGAAACAGUCGAGCGCAGCGACAUCCUAGAAUAUUUAGCCUUCUCCACCUUCAAACAAGGAAAUGUACAUUUAGCAUUAGAUUUAACAAACAAACUAUUAGACUUGGUUCCUAGCCACGCGAGGGCAUUAGGCAAUAAGGUGUACUACGAAGAUGCUAUACAGAAAACCAAUUUGGCUAAGCGCAAGGGCGACGACGAGAGCGAAGACAUUUCAAUGGAGAUAUCCCCGAAGAAUCAACGAGACCUGCUCGAUCCGGUCGGCAGGGACUUGUACGAGCAGCUUUGCCGCGGCGAGGUCAUGACCCCCGUGGAGAUCCUAUCCCAACUGAAGUGCUUCUACCACCACGGGGAUACAGUCAGAAACAAGUUCACCAUUCUGGCCCCCUUCAAAGUUGAAGAGGCUUACACCGAACCUCGCCUGCUCAUCUACCAUGACGUCAUGUCCGAUGAAGAGAUCGCAACUGUUAAGAAGAUAGCUCAACCCAGAUUCAAAAGAGCGACGGUCCAAAAUUCUAAGACUGGUGAACUGGAGACUGCUCAAUAUAGGAUCAGCAAAUCGGCUUGGCUGAAGGAUGAGGAGCACAAGCAUAUAGCAGCCGUUUGUCAGAGGGUUGAGGACAUGACCGGACUCACGAUGACUACUGCCGAAGAAUUGCAGGUUGUCAAUUAUGGUAUCGGGGGUCAUUACGAGCCGCACUUUGAUUUUGCAAGGAGAGAGGAAAUCAAUGCUUUCAAAAGCUUAGGGACCGGUAACAGGAUUGCAACCGUUCUAUUUUACAUGAGCGAUGUGGCGCAAGGAGGAGCAACAGUAUUCCCGAGCAUCAAAACAGCCCUUUGGCCCAAGAAAGGAACAGCGGCUUUCUGGUACAAUUUGCACGCAUCCGGAGACGGAGACAGGAGUACAAGACAUGCGGCUUGCCCGGUCCUCGCCGGCUCCAAAUGGGUUUCCAAUAAGUGGAUACAUGAAAGGGGUCAAGAGUUCAGGAGACCGUGCGGCUUGGAACCGACUCCUAUCGAAUUGACCGCCUGAACAUCUUCGAAAAGACGUGAUCGAUGCACAAAUCUGAGACUGCGAGAUAACUAAUUUAAAUUUACGUAUGAGUUGAGUCGUUUCUUAAAAGAAAAAAAUAAUAUCCGUGAGAUGAAAAUUCGUGUUUGCACAUUUUAAUGAUUUUUUUUUCAUGUCUGAAACGUUUCCUUAAAUUUUAUUUUUUUAUUCGAAAUACGAAACUUUUAAGUUUUACAAUUUUUUUUACGCAACGUAGGAAACAAACGCCAAAGAUUUUUGUGUUUGGUGUGUGUACCUUUUACAAAAAAAAAUAAUAAUAUAAUGAUGAUGAUAAUAAAAAAAUAUUUUUAUUCUUUA